ACCUCCAAACCUUAAAGCCAAGGCAAUUCUAAUAUAACAACCUCAAUAAAUAAAAUAAAAUAAAAGAGAAAUGUCAGAUUCGGCGGAGACAAACCCUAGCCCUCCCAAUCACCCGAACCCAAAGAGGGCCAGAGCAAGGCCUCUGAGCCUCCCAGACGUAUUUUUCAAAGACCAGGAAGCUCUCAAGCAUGCUAUUCUCCAGAUGCAGCUCCACCACCAGCACCACCAAUCCCCUAUCGCCACGUCGCCGUCUCCUUCCUCCCCAACAACCUCCUGCUCCUCGUCUUCCCUCGACCUCACCGCCCUUUCCCUAGAACACGCCGCACCCGAUCCCACCUCCCUCCUCUCCGACACUCUUCUAUUGCGUAUCUUCUCCAAGCUUCCUGUAUCCCAAUACCAUUCCAAUUCCUUGGUCUGCAAGCGCUGGUUGUUCCUUCACGGUCGCUUGGUGCAAUCGCUCAAGCUCUUGGACUGGGGGUUUCUCGACUCGGGUCGGCUUUUUCGCCGGUUCGCCAAUGUCUCGGAAGCCGAUAUCGUCCGCGCCUGUAUCCGGUCGCGCCGAAACUCCGGCAUUCUCGUGACCCACAAGGCCGUUUCGGUCCACGUCGAUUCGAACUUCUCCGGAAAUGGGUUUAUCGGGGAGACCGAUUUCUUGCCGACCCGGGUCAUUGACCAGGGGCUCAAGUCGUUGGCCGAGUCGUACCCGAAUCUCCGGAGAUUGGUGGCUAUCGGAGCGAGCGAAGAUGGGUUGUUGUCGGUAGCCAAGGAGUGUCAGAUACUGCAGGAAUUGGAGCUCCAUUGUUGUGGGGAUUUGAGCUUGAGAGGGAUUUCGGGGUUUACGAACUUGCAGAUUGUGAAAUUAGUCGGUUGGGUUGAUGGGUUUUACGGCUCGGUGGUAUCGGAUAUCGGGUUGACGAUAUUGGCGCAAGGGUGUAGGCGGUUGGUGAGGCUUGAGCUGUGCGGUUGCGAGGGAAGCUAUGACGGGAUCAAGGCGAUUGGGCAGUGCUGCCAGAUGCUGGAGGAAAUGAUUCUGAGAGAUCACAGGAUGGAUGCCGGGUGGUUGGCCGCUUUAUCCUAUUGUGGGAAUUUGAAGACUUUGAGGCUGCAGUCGUGCAGGAGCAUCGACUCGAGCCCUGGCCCAGACGAGCAUCUGGGGUUGUGUAAGACGCUGGAAGGCUUGCAUUUACAGCGGUGUCAAAUGCGGCCUAGGGAUCAGCACGGCGUGAGAGCGCUGUUUUUGGUGUGUAGGGAGGUUAGGGAGAUUGUGUUGCAGGAUUGUUGGGGGUUGGAGAAUGAGGUUUUCGGAUUUGCUGGUAUUUGUAGGGGGGUGAAGUUGCUUUCUUUGGAAGGAUGCUCAUUGCUGACAGUGGAAGGUUUGGAGUUGGUAAUCCUUUCUUGGAAGGAGCUUCAAAGACUUAGAGUAGUAUCAUGUAACAAAAUAAAGGACAGUGAAGUGACUCCUGCCCUGGCAGCCUUGUUCUCUGUUCUUAAAGAGUUAAAAUGGCGACCAGAUUGCAGGUCUCUCCUCCAAUCAAGUCUUGCUGAGACUGGUUUGGGAAAGAAAGGUGGUCGCUUUUUCAAGACUUUUAAGAGUUGAACUUGCUACUUGUUUCUUAGAAUCUGUGCUUCAAUCAGUGAAACUCAGAUGAUUUGCAUAGCAGCUGUAUAAUAAUUCGGCAAUACAACACACUCCCUGCUACAUUGUAGACUUGUAGUCAUUAUCUUGUCUGAUUUGGAGGUUUAUCAUCAUGAUAACAGAGGAUGAUUUGCGUUCUUGCUUCAGUGCCCUGCCAAAGGGAGCACGUCCUUCGAAGCGUUCUAAUCCCUCACCACUCAGUUGUAAAUGGGAUAGCCAGCUUGACCAAAUUUUGGUGUCAAGUUGAAACUGUAAUGUUGUUGGUUGAUGCCCCCCACAGCUUCCCUAAUGUUCAACAAGGUUAGAAAUGCUAAUUUUGUUACGUUGGGUAGUUGAACUGACUUGGUAGGCGUUAACAUAAGCACAGACAUUUAGUACAGUUUUUUUACUUCUUUUUACAACUGGAUGUGUAUCAUCUAUUCUUCUACCACAAGUUAUAGUGAAAAACUUUCUGCAGUUUGAAUA